AUUUCGAACGCCACAUUCAUAAUACGUGGAGCCGCGGUCAGUCAGUCUUUAGUGUAACUUUUAAAUUAAAACAACUGUAUUUAGUCACAAUUCGUUAGAAAAUCAUCAAAAUGGUCACAAAAUACGCGUUCUGUUUGCUCGCCAUCGCGUCUGUAGCUUUAGGACAAGGCUGCACAAACCCACAAGUUGAGGCUUCAUCUUUCACUAGCUUAGAUGCCACAGUCGUGACACAAAUAGCAUAUAUUACAGAGUUUACGCUAAAAUGCGACAAUCCUCUGCCUGAAAACUACGCAUUGUACGCUGAAGUUGAAGGAAAGCCCUUGACUGCCGCCCGUGUUGGUGAAAACAGAUACCAGGUAUCAUGGACUGAAGAGCCAGCUAAGGCUCGCUCCGGUACCCAUGAGGUGCUCAUCUUAGACGAGGAAGGUUGGGCGUCUCUCCGCCGCGCCCGCCGUGCCGACCCUGCCGCGUCUGUCGCUCCCUUGAUCGCUAUCCAGCUACAUCACCCUGGCAGUUACUCCGGCCCCUGGGUUAACUCGGAAGUGUUGGCCACUGCUCUCUCGAUCCUGGUCGCUUACACGGCACUCCGCAACAAGAGCAAAAUCUUAGCCUAAUAGCAUAGUUCUACUGUUUAUUUUUAUAUUUAAAUAAAUGAGAAGUUAAGUUAUUUA